GUGAGCUGUAGGUGGAAGGGGGAGCAGGAGCACACAGAAUCCCGUCGGUGGAGUUGUAGAGGAUGGAGGUCAGACCUGAACGCUUUAAAGCAGCGGCGGCGAAAACACUUGGACGGAUAAACCGGGUCCUAGAGAAGCGCCAGGAGAAUGGAGAAACGAUCGAGUUGUCUGCAGAAGGUCGUCCAGAGCUGCAGGAGGAGAAGGAGCUUCCUGUUGUGGACUGCACGUGUUUCGGUCUGCCGCGCCGCUACAUCAUUGCCAUAUUAUCAGGCCUGGGGUUCUGCAUCUCGUUUGGCAUCCGCUGUAAUCUGGGCGUCGCCGUCGUUAGCAUGGUGAACAACCACACCGUCUAUAAAGAAGGCAAACCGUACAUUGUGAAAGCUCAGUUCACCUGGGAUCCAGAGACUGUAGGAAUGAUUCAUGGCUCGUUUUUUUGGGGAUAUAUAGUCACUCAGAUUCCUGGAGGUUUCAUCUGUCAGAAAUUUGCAGCUAACAGGGUUUUUGGCUUUGCGGUCGUGGCCACGUCUGUCUUGAAUAUGAUGAUUCCCUCAGCAGCACGGAUUCACUUCAGCUGUGUGAUUAUAGUCAGGAUACUACAGGGACUGGUGGAGGGCGUAUCUUACCCAGCAUGCCACGGGAUCUGGGCGAAAUGGGCCCCUCCCCUCGAGAGAAGCCGAUUGGCCACAACAGCGUUCUGUGGCUCGUAUGCAGGAGCUGUGAUAGCGAUGCCAUUAGCAGGAGUUCUGGUGCAGUACUCAGGCUGGUCCUCAGUCUUCUAUGUAUACGGUAGUUUCGGGGUCUGCUGGUAUUUGUUCUGGAUUCUGGUGUCGUAUGAGAGUCCAGCAGCUCAUCCCACCAUCACUCCGGAGGAGAGGAAGUACAUCGAAGACGCCAUCGGAGAAUCGGCUGGACUGAUGAACCCGGUGACGAAGUUCAACACUCCCUGGAGACGGUUCUUCACAUCCAUGCCCGUCUACGCCAUCAUCGUGGCCAAUUUCUGCAGGAGCUGGACCUUUUACCUGCUGCUCAUCAGUCAGCCGGCGUAUUUCGAGGAGGUGUUUAAGUUUGAGAUCAGCAAGGUGGGAAUCCUCUCGGCUCUUCCUCAUCUGGUGAUGACCAUAGUGGUGCCGAUCGGAGGACAGCUGGCCGAUUACCUGAGGAGUCACAACAUCAUGACCACCACCAACGUCAGGAAACUCAUGAACUGUGGAGGUUUCGGGUUGGAGGCCACGUUUCUUCUGGUGGUGGGUUUCUCUCACACUAAGGGCGUCGCCAUCUCCUUUCUGGUCCUUGCUGUUGGAUUCAGUGGUUUUGCUAUCUCAGGGUUCAAUGUCAAUCAUCUGGACAUCGCUCCACGUUAUGCCAGUAUUCUGAUGGGCAUCUCUAACGGUGUCGGGACGCUCUCUGGCAUGGUGUGUCCUCUGAUCGUCGGUGCCAUGACCAAAAACAAGACGCGGGAGGAGUGGCAGUAUGUGUUUCUCAUUGCAUCACUUGUUCAUUACGGUGGCGUUAUCUUCUACGGCAUCUUCGCAUCAGGAGAGCAGCAGCCGUGGGCGGAGCCAGAGAACAUGAGCGAAGAGAAAUGUGGAAUAAUAGGAGAAGAUGAGCUGGCGGAUGAAACGGAAGAGCUGUACCGCCCAGUGGGCGGCGGCUACGGCGCGACCGUCCAAUCAGGUGACCACAAUGGGGCGGGGACUGGAGGGGGCGGAGCUGGAGGAAGCUGGGUCUCAGACUGGGACAGAACAGAGGAAUACGUCCAACCUGUGGGAACGAACAGCUUCCUGUACAGAGGAGAGGGCAAUGAGCCAAUGAUUGUGAGGCUCAGAGAUCAACAGUAAAGCUGGAUGGGAACGGGACUCGAUAUUCCUCCUCUACAGAAACUGACUGGGAUGGAGGAAGUGGUUUUGAUCCAAUUCUAGAAAAGUAACAUAACAUAAAAUCUUGAAUGUGUGCAUGAGGACAUUAGGUAUGAAAGCUUGAAAUGUGACCAGUCAAGUGUUUGGACAUUCAUAACAUCAUUUUAGUCCUUGUGUCCAAACGUUCGACUCCCUGGACAUGUAUUUCAGCAAUUAAAUGGAUCACCAAGAGUUCGGAAGUAUUCUACAUAAAUUGUGAGAGAUAAUUGUAACAGGUGGUUCUUACAAAUGAAGUCCUCUUUUGCUGAACAACUAAAGUAUAAUUUCAAUUCAGAAACAAAACCAGAUUUAGGGAAUUGAUCUCAUGUGCCAAUACUGUGAGGUGUGUGUAGUAUCGGUCCCUUUUCAAUGUGAACCUCCUUUAAAAUACACAUUUAAAGACUAGUCAUGUCAACUGUUUGGUUGAGCUUAUACUGUAGAAGCUUUGACAUAGUUUUUGAUAGUGAAUUCUCUUUAACCAUUCGUUUUUUUAUGUAUUUAACCCAUAA